UAUUCCCCUUCCAGGAGUUCUAUGGUUCUAUGCCUAAAAUCGUAGCAUUGUGCAUCUCUCAUGUCUGUACUUAUGUCCUACUCAUCUCUGCCCGUCGGCUUUCCUCUGUUCUUUACUCUGCUUUGCGCUGUCUGACGUUUAUAACUUGCGACAUCUAUAUUUUGAACCCCCCACCGUAGUCACUGAGCGUUCAAGUCCAAGUGCUUUUAGUUGCAUGCGAUGCAAUCUUAAACGAUAUUUUAUCAUUUUAAUAUACUCAUAAUAUACACAGCUCUACUAAUAAAAAUUUCAUUAAUAUAAAAGAAAAUUGAAUAUGUCAAUACUAAGACCAUUCACCUGUAACGACCUGUUUAGAUUCAACAAUGUGAAUCUAGAUCCUUUGACGGAGACAUAUGGACUGUCAUUUUAUAUGCAAUAUUUGGCACACUGGCCGGAGUAUUUUCAGGUUGCUGAAUCACCAAAUGGAGAAAUUAUGGGUUAUAGUACGUCUGUGAUUAUUAUUAUCAUUAUUAUUAUAAGAAAAAGUAUAUUGUAUAUGUUUCUAGUCAUGGGUAAGGCGGAAGGUCAUGGGGAAAAUUGGCAUGGUCAUGUAACAGCCCUUACCGUAUCCAAUGAUUAUCGAAGGCUUGGACUUGCUGCUACGUUGAUGAGAUACCUGGAAGAAGUCUCGGAGAAGAAACAAGCAUAUUUUGUAGAUCUGUUUGUAAGGGUCAGCAACAAGGUGGCCAUUAAAAUGUAUCAACAAUUAGGUUACAUUGUAUAUAGAACGGUUUUAGAAUAUUACAGUGGAGAUCCUGAUGAAGAUGCUUAUGAUAUGCGUAAAGCACUGUCAAGAGACGUAAAGAAAAAAUCGGUGAUUCCACUGACCCAUCCUGUGAGACCAGAGGAGGUGGAUUGAAUUUUUAAACAUGAAAGAAAUGAAUGUUCUUAAAAUUUGAAUAACUUGACACACUGCGGUAUACACUCCAUAUCAAUCAAGUCCAAGGGUAACAAUUAAGAUGGAACAACAGUAAUGUUAAUAAAUGAUCGACAAUUGGAGCAAA